GAAAAUAAUACACUAUUUUUAUGUUUGUGAAUAUAAUUCACUAUUGUAUGUUCGUUUAUAAAGGCGACACAACCUUCAAUGUCAAACAACCAGGUCAAAACCAGCACAUCAUCGCCCCCUAUACCUUCAUCCAACACAACAACAACCUCUAAUGACAUCAUAGAGACCACUUCCAUCAAAUGCAAAGACGAUUUCUCUACCGAAUUAACAAAGAGCACUACGAACGAUAAGAAGCAACUAACAUCAGUCCCUCAACAACAAACCAGCACAUCAUCGCCCCAUAUACCUUCAUUCAGCACAACUUCUAAUGACAUCGUAGAGACCACUUCCGUCAAAUUCCAAGACAAAUUGUCUACCGAGUUAACAAAGAGCACCACUAACAACAAGAAGCAGCUAACCUCAAUACCUCAACAACAAACCAGCACAUCAUCGCCCCCUAUAUCUUCAUCCAGCACAACAACAACCUCUAAAGACAUCGUAGAGACCAUUUCCACCAAAUUCUCUACCGAGUUAACAAAGAGCACCACUAACGAAAAGAAGCAACUAAACUCAAUCCCUCAACAACAAAUCAGCACAUCAUCGCCCUCUAUACCUUCAUCCAGCACAACAACAACUUAUAAUGACAUCGUAGAGAUCACUUCCAUGAAAUUCUCUACCGAGUUAACAAAGAGCACCACUAACGAAAAGAAGCAACUAAACUCAAUCCCUCAACAACAAAUCACCACAUCAUCGCCCUCUAUACCUUCAUCCAGCACAAUAACAACUUAUAAUGACAUCGUAGAGAUCACUUCCAUCAAAUUCCAAGACAAAGUGUCUACCGAGUUAACAAAGAGCACCACUAACGACAAGAAGCAACUAACCUCAAUCCCUCAACAACAAACCAGCACAUCAUCGCCCCCUAUACCUUCAUCCAGCACAACAACAACCUCUAAUGACAUCGUAGAGACCACUUCCAUCAAGUUCCAAGACAAAGUGUCUACCGAGUUAACAAAGAGCACCACUAACGACAAGAAACAACUAACCACAUCAUCGCCCCCUACAUCUUCAUCCAGCACAACUUCUAAUGACAUUGUAGAGACCACUUCCAUCAAGUUCCAAGACAAAGUGUCCACCGAGUUAACAAAGAGCACCACUAACGACAAGAAGCAACUAACCUUAAUCCUUCAACAACAAACCAGCACAUCAUCGCCCCCUAUACCUUCAUCUAGCACAACUUCUAAUGACAUUGUAGAGACCACUUCCAUCAAAUUCCAAGACAAAGUGUCCACCGAGUUAACAAAGAGCACCGCUAACGACAAGAAGCAACUAACAUCAAUCCCUCAACAACAAAAUGGCGACGUUGGGACCUUUGCUCAAGAUAGGCUCAACACGCAGGAAGCAGGAUCCCCAUCCAACCACACUGCCUGCACGAGAAUUGCUGUUCUUCAGAAUUCGGAUAGUGUCAGUAGUGUUAAGAAAACAGAUUUUCCUUGCAAAAAGCUAGAAACGUUGUAUAAAGCGGAUGUUCCAGGCACGAGCUCGAAGGCAACCAGUAGGAAUGAAAAUCAUAACAACAGUUUGCCUGAAGGGUUCAGUAGUGGUAGCAGCGCCAUCUGGACUCGAAACAGUAAAGCGGUUCCGACUAAAAAGAAGUCAUUGGAAGAAACGGAAA